AUGAAGGAGAAUUUAAAAAAAUCUGAAAUACAGGAAAAUAAGAGAGAUGAGUGGAUGUUAUUACCAAAGGACACCAAAAACGAUGAUGAUUUUAGUUUUUUAAUAGGAAAUUCUAAAAAGAAUAUUAAAUUGACCCAAAAACCUGUAAAAAAUAUAGAAUCUAAAUGGGAAUUUAAUGAACCGGAACAACAAAAUAUAUCACAGGAGAUUCCUAAAGAAUGUAGAAUAGCUUUAAAACCUUCUUAUACUAUUGGUGAUGCAGGAUCUUCAUGGAGAAUGAUGAAACUUCAAAAAAUAUAUGAAAUUGCUUCAGAAACUGGUAAAAGUGUAGAUACGGUUGCACUUGAAAGAUACGGGAGUCUUGAAGCUUUUGAUGAAGCACGUGAAGAAAGAGAAGAAUUAGAUCGUCGAAAAAAAUAUGGACCAUCUAAAGAAAAGGUCACAGGAUCACUUUAUAAACAGCGUCAAGAUUUAAAUGCAUCAAAUUAUAAACAAGAUUCUAAAUCUAGUUUGUCUUUAUCCAAUUCUACUAUUGUUACACAUUCUACUCUUAAUAAAUUACAAGCAGAGAUUAUAAAAAUGCAAAUGCGUGGUGAUAGCAAUUCUUCUGAGCUUCAAAAACAAUAUGAGAUUGCAGUUUCUAUAUUUGAAACACAAAAUGCGGGAAAAGAUACUAUUUCAACUAAUAUGAAUAUUAUGAAUAAAAAAUCAUCAAUAGUUGAUCCAAAUAAUAUGACAAUAGAAGAUAUGGUAAAAGAAGAAAAAAUGACGAGAAAUCAAAACUAUAAACGGCAGUAUAGGCAAAUGGCAGAACAGAUUAUUCGAGAUCCUGAUUUUAAAGAUGAUUUAGAUUAUUAUGAUGAAAAUGCUGAAAAACUUUCAAAACGAAUUCAGAGGAGAGAAAUUGAUUUUAGAAAUAUGUCUAUUUCAGAUUUUCAAAGAACGCAAAAAAUUCUUGAUACAUGCCCUUUAUGUCAUCAAGAUUCUUCUCCACCUAUAGCACCUAUAAUAUCUAUAGGAACUCGUGUUUAUCUAUCUCUUCCUUCUCCUCCAGAACUUGCAAAAUAUCAUGCAUUAAUUGUUCCUCUGCAUCAUAGAAUUAAUACACUUGAAUGUGAUGAUGACGAAUGGGAUGAAAUUAGAAAUUUUAUGAAAUGUUUGAUUAGAAUGGCAGAUGAACGAGAUCAAGAUGUGAUUUUUUAUGAAAAUGCUUCUGCGCCUCAUCGGCGUAUGCAUACUGCUAUUGAAGCAGUUCCAGUUCCACGAGAUGUUUCUGCUCAAGCUCCUGCAUUCUUUAGAGAAGCCAUUCUUUCUUCAGAUGAAGAAUGGAGUCAACAUCAAAAAAUUAUUGAUACUUUAGCUAGAGCCAAAAAGGGACUUGGAAAAAUGGCCUUUAGACGUAGUAUGACUAAAGAAGCUCCUUACUUUCAUGUUUGGUUUGAAUUGGAUGGAGGUAUAGGACAUAUUGUCGAAGAUUUAAGCAAAUGGGGUAAAGGUGAUCAAUUUUCACGACAAGUAUUUGCAACGAUGCUUGAUCUGGAUCCAACUAUAUGGAGAAAACGUGGACGAUGGACAGGUGAACAAGGUCCAAGGGAAAAGGCAUUUAUUCAUGCCUGGGAAAAAUAUGAUUGGACUCAAUCAAUUUAUAAUGAAAAUUCUUAA